AUGUGUGUCAUAAUCUUCGUCCUUAUUGAGGAUCCAGUUAGACAGUUGAUUUACUCUUGGCACCUUUUUUAUAUUUUGAAUAUCUUAUCUGUUAAAACACAAACAAAGGACAAGGUUAAUUGUUACAAUUGUUUGGUUGUUUCCAUGGCAAUUUCAAACUGUUCAUUAAGUGAUAGCAACGUGAAAAGUCAUAGAAGCAACAAAAAUGGCAUGAGUGAUAUGGUCGUCCGUCAGUUUGAUGCUUUUCUUUUCUCAAAUCACUUAUUUUCCUUCCAAAUUUUCAUUGUUGAACACCUGAAAGUUGCAAAUGAUAGCUGUCAAUAA